UUGUUCAAAAAGCCUAGGCGCUGCAUUCUUGAUCUCAAGUUGUUCAAGUUUGUUAUAGGCUAAGUAAUGCAUGCACUUCACUGCAAUCUAAUAGAGAAAAUAUGCAUAAUAAUAACACAUAUAUAAAAUAUUAAUAUUAUUAUAUUUUAAUUCAUAUCCAUUCCAGAGACAGGAAAUUGUUUAAUAUCAUAUUGAGGAAGAAACUGGAUUCGACUUAGUACAAAAUAUUGGGAUAUUUCAACAUCCAAAAUAUUACUCAACAACACAUCGGAAGUCUGUGAAGAGCAAUUCCUUAUGCAGAUAAAUGAGAAAUUACUUGUGCUGGUAUGGGUGAUACUGAUAUCAGUUGAAUGUUCUGUUUGCAAAAUAACUCCCUGUCUUCUUUGUUUGGUUAUUGUUUAAAUAUGCAUUUUAAGUUUCAUUUAAACGUUCUACAGUAGUUUUAAACUGUAACCCUACGUGAGAGACGCGACCAAUCCUGUGCUUUUUUUCUAUCUCAGUAGCCUAUUGGAGAGCUUGUCUAUAAAGGCACUGAGAGCGUGUUCUUAUAUCGUUUUAUCUGUGCUGCAAUACACGCUCUUAGAGAAGAAGUUGGGAGAAGGGGGACAACUUUUACUGCUCGUUAUCAAAUAAGUUAUUGAAACAAUAACACCAUUUUAUUUUAUCUCGGCACCAAUAUCCGAGGUCAUUGAGACAUUUGGAGAACCUGACCGGAUAGCCUGACCAGAGAAGUUCUAUCAAGCAUCAGAAUAGAUCAUCUACACUCCAGAGAUGGACACAGGAACUGAACCUAUGGGCACCGGAGGUCAUCAUGGGUCAGGUGAUCCAGUUGGACCGGCGCUGCUCUGGCUCCAGGACACUGUUACCACGGUAACACUGCAGGCGCGUCAGAGGGUGUUACAGGGAGCGUUGUUACUGUGUGCUCUGGGACUGUUACUAUGGACCGCCAUCUUCCUCUACGGGAGCUUCUACUACUCCUACAUGCCCCUAGCCACCUACAGUACACCUGUCCACUACUACUACAGGACGGACUGUGACUCCUCAACUUCUCUUCUCUGCUCCUUCCCCACCGCCAACGUCUCUCUCCUGAGGAAUGGCAAGAACCAGGUGAUGACAUACGGCCAGCCCUAUCGYAUCUCUCUGGAGCUGGAGAUGCCCGAGUCGCCAGCCAAUCAGGAGUUAGGAAUGUUCAUGGUCAAGAUGUUCUGUUACUCCGGACAGGGGCAGACUGUGACCUCUUCAGCACGAUCUGUAAGGCAGCUCAGCUCCAGCUCUCGCUUUACAAUGCUGCGGUAUCGCUCCGGCCUGCUCCAGACUCUGGGAACACUGUUUCUCAUCCCGUUCUUCCUGGCUGGAACGGCUGACCAGAAACAGCUGGUAGAGGUGGAGCUCUUCUCCGAAUACAGAGAGGAUUCUUAUGCCCCCUCUAUAGGAGCCAUCAUUGAAAUCCAGUCUCAAAGGGUGCAGAUCUACUCAGCAAAUCUCUACAUUCACGCUCACUUCACUGGCAUAAGGUACUUCCUGUACAACUUCCCGACACUGUCAGCAGUAAUGGGUGUGGCCAGUAACUUGUCCUUCCUCAGUGUCCUCCUCCUCUUCAGCUACCUGAGGUUCAUCUGGGGCCGAGUUAUCAACCCCCAAAAGGAGUUGAGAGAUAGGAUUCAUCUUCAUCAGAGGCUAGCCGGGAUGGACGAGAGCGAGGACACUGAACACCUACAAGAUUACCAGGAUGACACUACAGGAAUCGAGAAUUCUUCAUCGGAUGCACUACUGGAGGCACAUCAGAUUACAGCAACCCAUCUGAACCAGAAGGAAGAGUCCAUUCUCAAAGCAGAUGGGGGGGAGAUGGACAUCAAACAUGGAAGGUUUCAGAGUGAGAUAGACGAAGAAGAGAUCAUUGCUGAGGAAGAGGUGGAUAAUAUGGGCAUGUCUCUUGACCCAGAGUUGGAAGGGUCAUCUGAGACAGCAAAGCAGCCAGACAGCAUCCCUAGCACACUGACUGGAACCUCAACCUGUGUGAUAUCCUGAUGGAGAGCUCCAAUGGAUGCACAGUGGCUUAAUGACCAAUAGUUGGGAGCCAAAGUAUUAUCGUUAGCGGGGGCCCUCUUGUACUUUGUUACUGUAAAACAAUAUGAAGAUUUGUUAAGUUUAAAAACCUUCUAUGUUUAAAGCUGUGUGAAUAUAUUACUUUUUGUGUCCUCUUUUAUUUAGUUUKUUUAAAGUUGUGUGAUGAUUCACACAAAAACCAGACAAUGUUGAAAUAUUUGACCAUAGGCCUCCACCUAAGAUUACCAUUUUACUGUAGCCUACAGUAUUGCACAAAUGGAGUAAGGGUUAUAUCAGAUGACCUCAGUAUUAUGAAACAUUCAGGGUGGAUGACAACACAAAGUGCCUUCCUCAUUUUAAUAUGUUUGUAUGUUACCAGAUAGUUUUCCAUCCAAUUGGCAACAAAUUUUCAUGUGAAUAUUCUAAAAUCCACAUUAAAWAAAUAUGAACAUU